AUGUCGGAAUCAGUAGGUCACCCUUGUCAACAGAUAAAAGAUGCUAUUGUAAAGUGUAUUCAACAAAGUGAAUGUAUGAAGAAAGGUAAAACCUUUCAUCAGUGUAUGAAGGACGAUAAUCUUGAUCAAGACUGUAAAGAUUUACUAUAUACUUAUUUUAAAUGUAAAGUUGAUAUGUUUGAUCCAAGAAAUAGAUUUAGAGGUAAUGUUGCUGCUAUGACAUGGGAAAAAGAAUCAAAAGAAUCAUCAUCAUCAUCUGACAACAACAAUAGUAAUAACGAUAAUAAUAACAACAAUAACAACAAUAGUAAUAAACUGUAA